AUGAAUAGACUUCGGCCCGGAUAUAGAGUCCUCAAUUUUGCGUCAACGGCACCUAUCUCAAAGGUGGCAUCACUGCCCGCCAGAAAUCUCUAUAUCAUGCCUUCAGCCAAAGAAUCAGAUUCAGGCAUGAAGAUAUUGAUGCUGCACGGCUAUACGCAAAGUGGUGCCCUUUUCCAUGCCAAAACGCGAGCAACAGAAAAGCGCCUGCAGAAAGCCUUCCCCGGAAUUUCCUUCAGCUACCCUACAGGGCCACUCCGCCUCAGGCCUAGUGAUGUACCAGGUUUUGACCCAGCUUCGAGUGAAGAUCCGGACAGCAUCGAAGCUUAUGGUUGGUGGCGACGUGCAGAUACUGCGGAUCCGCCAGAGUAUGACGGACUUGAGGAUGGGCUGCAGACGGUGGCCAAGGUGCUUGAAUCGGAAGGCCCAUUUGAUGGGGUUAUUGGGUUUUCGCAAGGAGCGGCUCUCGCAGCUAUGGUUGCAUCUUUACUAGAAGGAGAAUCACGGAAGCAAGCAUUCGAGAAGGCUAAGUCACGGUCACCACUCGCAAUAUCGUUCCCAGCAUCAUUUGAAAGACUGGACCACCCGCCUCUCAAAUUCUGCGCGGCAUACUGUGGAUUUCGAGCUCCUGGAGAGCGAUACCGAGGGUUUUAUGAAGACCCUCAUAUACAGACACCCGUCUGUCACUUCAUCGGCAGUCUUGACAGUGUGGUUGAGGAAUCGAGAACACAAGCACUGGUCGACGCCACUGGCGGUCCGGAGAAGACACAGGUUGUGACUCAUCCAGGUGGUCAUUUUGUUCCCAGUGGGAAGCCGUAUCUUGACGCUAUUGCAGCAUUCAUCCAGCAGAAAAUGUCAUCACAAGACCAAAAGAAAGACCAGGAAGAGCGAGUAGAGGACAUGGACGUCCCUUUCUGA